AUGACGUCCAGGAGGUUUGCAGGAACCACCUGGGGAAUUAAACCCCACAUAGCACUCUGGCUAUACGAGGCUGUGGUCAGGCCUCAGGUUACCUAUGGUUCACUAGUCUGGUGGACAAAGGUGAAUCAGGUAACUGUCAUAGCCAAGCUAGAAAGCAUGCAAAGGCUCGGCACGCUACAGGCCACUGGAGCCUUCAGGAGCAGUCCAUCAGCUACUCUAGAAGUCGCUCUUGGGCUGCUACCACUGGACAUCUUCAUCAGAUCUGAGGCCCUCAAGGCAGCUUACCGUCUGAGGGUUGCAAAUCUGUGGAGGGAAGGCCUGUCAGGGGCAGGCCACUGCGCCAUUGCUAAGACUUUGGCUGAGUGUCCUGUGCUUGACAUGACCUCGGACUUCCUAAGCAAGGAAGCAGUUUUCACCAAACCCUUUAAUGUUGAAUUCCGCUCCAGAGAUGAGUGGAAACAUCAGGAAGGGCAUCUCCAAGAUAUGGAGAGCUUCGUCUGGUACACAGACGGCUCCCUAAUCGAUGGAAAAUCUGGUUUUGGGGUUUACUGUCGAUCACCCAGAACAGAACUAUCAGGAAGUCUGGGACAAUACUGUACCAUCUUCCAGGCAGAAAUCUAUGGCAUCUUGGCUUGUUCCAACCUAGGACUAGCCAGACGGUACCAAGACAAAAGGAUAGUGAUUUUAUCUGAUUGUCAGGCUGCUCUCAAAGCUCUUGACUCAAAUGAAGUCACCUCAAAACUAGUCUGGGAGUGUUUCAACACCCUCUGCAGACUUGCAUCACAGAACUCUGUAACUCUCGGCUGGGUCCCAGGCCAUUUAGGCAUUGGCGGCAACGAGAGUGCAGACAAGCUGGCAAAAAAAGGUGCGAUCAUGCCACUCUUUGGACCAGAGCCAUUUUUUGGCAUCAGCAAAGCGGCCGCUAAACAUGUAAUCAACAAAUGGUCCAGGGGACAACAUCUUGAGCGUUGGCGUAAUUAUCCUGGACAAUCACUUGGAAAAAAACUGCUCUCAGAACCUAUAGCACCCUCUUCACUCGCUGGCUGCUAA